UAUCGAUUUCGUUAUCGACAGCUAUCAAUAAUUUCAGCGGCAAGAUGCAACAUAUCCAAGCAAAGGUAACGCCCAUAGUUGUGCCCGUUUACGAGUUGCCCGAGUACGUCUGCGUUGAAACCUGCUGCAUCACUCAGCAGUUUGCCAAGGAACACAAUAUUAGUGGAAUUUCAAAAAUUAGCAAAAAUAUUGCGGCCCUGUGGACGUUUGAUAAUUAUAAACCGUCACCGAAAGAGCAACGAACCAUGCCCACAACAGAGAGCGUUAAGCAGGACAACAGCGUGCCCUGUCGCAUGCGAGAAAUACAAACGGAGAGGAUAUCCACAGCAGAUGUGGGCAUACAAUGCAAGCGAGACGAUGACGAAGACGAAGCGUGGAUUGAGCCGCAGCCGUCGACAGAUCCGGAUGAACAAAGCAUGGAGCAGGAGAGCAAAUUUCUAUCUUAUGUGAGUCAACACACCAGCAUGUUUCCCAAUGGCAUGCUCGAGUGCCUGAUCUGCGGCGAGGUGGCCAACUAUCUGCUGGAGCAUCAGCGGCACAUGGCGAUGCACUAUGGACCGCGUGCCCUGUGCUUCAGCUGCGGCAAGCUGAUCAAACAUCAGCAUUUGAUCGGUCAGCAUGGCUACAGUUGCACGGCGCGUCCCCAUGCCCGCAGCCGACCACCGAUCCAUAUGCAGUGCCCGCAUCUGCAUUGCAGCUUUACGGUCGCCUCAAAGCAACAGCUGCGGCGGCAUCUGAAAAAGCAUCUGAACGUUAAAGCCCAUUACUGCCUGCAGUGCCGCAAAAGCUUUAGCUCGUCCACACAAUUUCUGGUGCAUCGCAUGCUGGUCUCCGCCUGCAGCAGAGCCAAACACAUAUAUCUAGGCCAGAGGACGCGACAGGCGCAUGUCAAAGCCCAGAUACAUCGUUGCACUAUUUGCCUGAAGCGUUUCAGUAAUGCGUUUCGCUGUGUCCUCCACAAGCGCCGCUGCAUCCUGCAGCAUCAGAAGCGUAUACGCUGGCUCCUAACGCAAUGAUUAACCAAGGAAUUUGCCUAAAUUGUAUUUUAUUUUUAGUGCAUAACAACAUUAAUCAAAAAUAUAUG